CACCUCUGGAGUCCUGCAUGAUAAUUUUGCAAAAUAUUAGAUCAUAAAGAGUGUAAUUAGUAGUGGUGUAGUAUAAAAGUGCUUGCAAAAUUAGUAAUAGUUCUGAACCUCAGAGAAGUUGAUUGGUUACUUUUCCACCCUCACUUACCUUAAAUUCAUUGGCUCACUGAUAUUUUUAAUGUAGAGGUGAAUACUGAAGAACAGCUAACACUUCUAAAGCAUAGAAAUGAAUCACUAUGCAAUGCAUUAAGAAAUUCCUUUAAAAAUGAAGAUUGCAUUUUUGGUUCUCUACACUUUUCAUGUGGGCUGUUGCAUUCCAUUUAUUCAAAAUGGUGAACAAAUUAAAAAACCUUCAGCACAGUUUGCUCCAAGGCGUGUAUAUCCACUUCUCUACCCAAGGUAUCAACCCAGGCUUCCCCCAUUAGUAUAUCCUAGACGGCCCACUUACCCUCCAGUGCCCGCACCCAGACCAGCAGUUCCUCCUGUAAUUGUAAUAUCACCCAGAUCUUCAGGUCCCUCCCCUCGUGGUGGUAUUCCAUUACCAGGAGGCGUCCCCAGUUCAGGGAUUGGAGGAAUGUCUCCUGCAUCACCUCCUGCCCCUGCAUCAAUACCUGUGCCAGUACCAGUGCCCGUGCCUGUGCCAGUACCAAGACCUGCUCCACCCACUGCUCCUGCUAUAAGACCUGCUCCUGCCCCUGUUUCUCCACCAGCACAGCAGGGUCCCCAAAUUAUUGUUCUUCCUCGAGCACCAGCCCCACCUCGCCCUUCACCACCUUCAAUUAUAUUUUUACCACCUACUGUUAUAUCAGGAGCAGGUGGAGGCUCUGGAGGCAAUGGGGCUGCACGUGGACCUAGGCCUGGAAUAAAUGGGUUUGGGACAGGACCCGGGAGUGGAGCAGGUCCUGGUUUUGGACCGGGAUUUGGUUCAGGGCCUGGAUUCGGUCCAGCGCCUGGAUUUGGUCCAGCACCUGGAUUUGGUCCAGCACCUGGAUAUGGUCCCCCACCAGGUUUUGGUCCUAGUCCUGGAUUUGGUCCAGCACCUGGAUAUGGUCCCCCUCCAGGUUUUGGUCCUAGUCCUGGAUUUGGUCCUGGCCCUGGAUUUGGUCCAGGUGGCCCUGUCUUUCCUAGUGGGGGCAGUGGUCCUUUACAACCAGUAGCACAGGCGCCUAUACCUGCACCACCCCCUGCUCCAAUUUUCAUAUUUCCUUUUAUUCCACCAGAAUCUGGAGGAUUCUUAGAUGGGCCUCGUCAACCAAUAGCAGCACCAACUCCUGCUCCUUCACCAGCCCCAGCCCCAGCCCCAGUUAUUGUUAUAUACCCACCAACUGAAGAAGAUGCCAAGGGACUUAAUGGCCAGAUUCCAGGACAGGCAUUUCCUCCUGCAAUACAACCACCACCACAACCCCCACCGUCUCCUCCUCCCCCUCCACCUCCUCCUCCACUACCACCAAUAUUUAUUUUUCCUCCUGCACCAGCACCAGCACCAGUACCACCACCUGCACCGGCACCUGCUCCUUCCACAGGGGCUGCAGGUAUUCCUUCAUUUUUGCCUCCACCAGCCCCUGCCCCUGCUCCUGCCCCUUCUGUUUUCAUAUUUCCACCACCUAGUCCUUUACCAGAAGAUCCAGUUCCCCCGCCUGUCCCUCCAGCACCAUCAGGAGAAGGAGAUGCCUCUGGUAUAGAUCCCUUAUUUCCCAUUGCUCCUGUAUUUGUUUUCCCACCACCAGCUCCUGUUCUAACACCAUCUGUCUCAGACCCAUCUGAAGGAGAAGCACUCUAUCCAGAAUCAGCAUCUCCAUGUCCCGUCUCUGGCUUAGCUCCAUCCCCAAGCCCAGUACCUGCUCCCGUUCCUGCUCCAGCUCCGACAAUAUUUAUUUUUCCCCCACCAUCAGGUCCUGAAGCUAGUCCAGCAGAUCCAGGUUUUACUGAUGCUGCCCAUCCAUUUCCUGCACCAUCUCCCCCAGCUCCAGGUCCUCCUAUAUUUAUUUUCCCUGAUUCACGUGGUGACUUAGAUGGGCCAGUCUAUGGCAAUGAAGAGUAUGGUUUCCCUGUGGAUUCAGGGUAUCCAGUUAUAUCAUUUGGAAUGUUGAAGUCACCCAAAACACCUCCUUCAACACCUAAAAUGAAACGCUCCUAUGCGUGGAAUAAGUUAGUUCAAGCUCCAAGUGAAAAACAAAUACCUUCAUUAAAACUACAUUCCACAGUAACUGGAAAACAGGAAAAAAUGGCUUAAAGAUGUGUCUUAGCAGCAAUUCCUCCUCCAGAUGUUUCAUGCAUAAUGGUGCAUAAGCAAUCUAAAGAUGCUGAAGUUUACAUUUUGCUGUUAACUUUGCACAGCCUUGACAUAAUUUUAAGGGUGAAUAUUGUGCUUGACAAAGAAACCACCUGAAUUAAAUAAAUAUCAGGUAUAGGAUGUAGAUAAAUCUGUAACUUCAGGAGAACAUUUAU